AUGCACUUGAAUAAAUUGGCGGGACGUUCUUAUAAUGAUUUAAUGCAGUAUCCUGUAUUUCCAUUUAUUUUAUCAAAUUAUGGAUCCGUUUUAGAUCUUAACGAUCCUGGUUGUUACCGAGAUCUCAGCAAACCGAUAGCAAUUCAAGAUAAACGAAUGGAGGAUCAUUAUUUGCGAAACUACUCAUAUCUACAGAAUGAACAGUUGCGGAUAAAUCAUAAUCGCAAAUCGAUUCUAAAAUGUGGUCCUUAUCAUUAUGGUAGUCAUUAUUCAAAUAGCGGUAUCGUAAUUCACUAUUUAGUGCGUCUUCCACCUUUCACCAAUCUUGCUCUUGAAUAUCAAGAUCAUAAUUUCGAUAUCGCUGAUCGAUUAUUCAAUUCUGUAGAAGCAGUUUGGAAUUUGGCUAGCUCGGAUUCUACCACGGAUUUUAAAGAACUGAUCCCAGAGUUCUUUUUUUUGCCUGAAUUUCUUAUUAAUAGCGAGCGUCUGAAUUUAGGCGUUCGCCAAGAUGGUAGUUCAGUCAACGAUGUCAUUUUACCGAAUUGGUGCGCAAAUUCUGCAAGGCUUUUUAUACUUGUACAUCGUCAAGCUCUCGAAAGUCAGUUUGUUACUGCUCAUUUGCAUUCAUGGAUCGAUUUGAUUUUCGGUUAUAAACAGACCGGUCAAGCUGCAAUUCAAGCUAUAAAUACAUAUCGUGAUGGAUUAUUAAAUGCAAAUAUAAUCGACGAUGAAGUAUCACUUUCGGCCCUUCGAACAAUGAUACGUACAUAUGGGCAAAUGCCAGAACAGUUAUUUCAUUCAGCACAUCAACCACAUUUCCCGCCAAAAAAUGUUUCUAAAAAAGUAGAUGAGAGUCCUCUGCCCACAGUCAUUGGCAUCAACUGGGGUGAAUUUUUGGGAAGUCCGGCAUCUCAUUAUGGUCCAGCAAUUGUUAUAUGUGAUCAAUAUUUCCCCAAUAAUGAUUCUCAUAUAAGUCAAGUUCAGUCAACUAUCGAUGGAUCGUGUUUCGCGUAUCCGCAUCAUACUUUGCUUAUUUCUUGCAAGGAACGAUUAUCAAGCAAUAUUUCGAGUUGUGGUCUUGUAUCUUGGCAGUUUUCUGAUAGGGUACUUCGUUACAAACCUUGCGAUUCAACAUUCUCUGAUUGGAUCAGUCUUGUUCACCUUCAUUCGUUUUCAUCAAUAUCUGGGGUUACUGCAAUCGACUAUUGCAGUUCAAAAGGAUUUCUUUUCAUCGCUUUAUCUUCGUUUAUCCAUGUUUACCGCCACAGUCUUGAUGUAUCUGCCAUUGCCACUUGCGCGGAAUACGCAGUUGUUGUGACUGCUUGUAUUCAAAGCAAAGUAUGUGUAUGGGAUCUCAAUCGUUUGUGUUUUAUUCGAACGUUGGACCGGAAGACUAAUGAUGCGGCUAUUUUAGCCACCAUUAAUAAAAUUAACUGUGAUGUUGCCAUUGCUUAUUCUUCAGCAACAGGUUAUGGAAGUAAAGUAUGUUUAUAUACCAUAAAUGGUGCUCUCAUUGGUGAAGAGGAAAUUGACAUUGCUGUAACAUCAAUGGUCAUGUCUUCAUUACCAGAAGGAACUGCAGUGAAUGUAUUGGUUCUUGGGAUGUUGAACGGCACUAUAAGUAAUGUUUAA